AUGCAUUCGUUCAAGCGCUCGAUCCUCCUUCUCGGAGCCCUCCUCCCUGCCGUGUUCGGUGCUCCCCUCGAGCCCCGUCGCGCAACUGAAACCGUCCCCGGCAAGUACAUUGUCACCUUCAAAUCCGGCAUCCAGACCGAGCAAAUCGACGCCCAUACCACUUGGGCCUCCAACGUCCACAAGCGCAACCUGGAGCGUCGCGGCCUUGCUGAGCGCGACCAGUACUCCGGAAUUGAGAAGAACUACAAGAUCAACAAGUUCGCUGGCUACUCCGGCUCUUUCGACGAUGCCACCAUCGAGGAGAUCCGGAACAGCGCAGAGGUCGCCAACGUUGAGGAGGACCAAAUCUGGUACCUUGACGCCCUGACCUCCCAGUCCGGCGCUCCUUGGGGUCUUGGUGCUAUCUCGCACAAGGGCCAGUCGAGCACCACCUACAUCUACGACACUAGCGCCGGAGAGGGCACUUACGCCUACGUGGUGGACACCGGUAUCAAUGUCGACCACAACGAAUUCGAGGGCCGCGCCAGCCUCGCCUACAACGCUGUUGGUGGUCAGCAUGUUGACAGCGUCGGCCACGGUACCCACGUUGCUGGUACUAUCGGCGGUGCUACCUACGGUGUUUCCAAGAACGCCAACCUUCUCUCCGUCAAGGUUUUCCAGGGCGAAUCUAGCAGCACUUCCAUCAUUCUCGACGGCUUCAACUGGGCUGCCAACGACAUCGUGAGCAAGGGCCGCACCGGCAAGAGCGCUAUCAACAUGAGCUUGGGUGGUGGUUACUCCUACGCCUUCAACCAGGCCGUCGAGGAUGCGUACGAUGAGGGCGUUCUCUCCGUUGUGGCUGCUGGAAACGACAACGUUGAUGCAUCCUCCACCAGCCCUGCCUCUGCACCCAACGCCCUCACCGUUGCUGCUAGCACUGUCGGUAACGCCCGCGCGUCCUUCUCCAACUACGGCACCGUCGUCGAUGUCUUUGCCCCUGGUCAGGAUAUCCUCUCCGCCUGGAUUGGCUCCACCUCCGCUACCAACACCAUCUCGGGUACCUCCAUGGCCACUCCCCACAUCGUCGGCCUGUCCCUCUACCUGGCCGCUCUUGAAAAUCUCUCUUCUCCCGCCGCUAUCAUCUCCCGCAUCAAGGAGUUGGCUACCCGCAACGCUCUCUCCAACGUUCGCGGCAGCCCUAACCUUCUUGCUUACAACGGCAACGCCUAA